GAGGGGCGGGGCUCCGACGUCUCGGGUCAGGCGCCCAGCUCGCCUGCCGUGGCGCCCAGCGCGGGAGCCGACCUCCGGGGGAUGGAGGCGGGCGGCGUGGCCGAUUCGCUCCUUUCCGGAGCUUGCGUGCUCUUCACCCUCGGCAUGUUCUCCACCGGCCUCUCGGACCUGAGGCACAUGCGGAUUGCCCGGAGAGUGGACAAUGUCCAGUUUCUGCCCUUUCUCACCACGGAUGUCAACAACCUGAGCUGGCUGAGCUAUGGGACCUUGAAGGGAGACUGGACCCUAAUCGUCGUCAACGCAGUGGGAGCCAUGCUUCAGAGCCUGUACAUUCUGGUGUAUCUGCACUACUGCCCUCGAAAGCAAGCUGUGCUCCUCCAGACUGCAGCCCUGCUGGGGGUCCUGCUCCUGGGCUUUGGCUACUUUUGGCUCCUGGUACCCAACACUGAGGCCAGGCUUCAGCAGCUGGGCCUCUUCUGCAGUGUCUUCACCAUCAGUAUGUACCUCUCACCACUGGCUGACUUGGCCAAAGUUAUUCAGACUAAAUCGACCCAGCGUCUCUCCUUCUCACUCACCAUUGCCACCCUCCUUGCCUCUGCCUCCUGGACCCUCUAUGGGUUUCGACUCAGAGAUCCCUACAUCAUGGUACCCAACCUUCCAGGAAUCCUAACCAGCUUCAUUCGCCUCUGGCUUUUCUGGAAAUACCCCCAGGCACAAGACAGGAAUUAUCAGCUCCUGCAGACCUGAGGCAGUUCACCUGACCACGGGGCACCUUAAUGCCCACCUGUUACCAAAGAGAGCUCCUUCUUUCAGCUGUUUCUGCUGACCAGUUUCACAGGUGCCAUGGGUUAUGGGCAAGAAAAAGAGACAACUUUGAAUUGAGAGACCAAAGAAAGAGCUUUACUUAGAAGAUUGCGCGGGCCCUGGGAGAUGAAACACUUAUUUUUCGGAAAUUAUAUUUUUUAAUUUUGGGGUUGGGGUGAAAUCUUUAGAAUGUGCCUUAAAAUAAACUGUUCCCUAUCCCUGCCCAUCAUGGCUCUUCAGUGCUUCUCAACCUGCCUGGUUGGGUGAAGGGUAGAGGUGCACGACCAGAUCCACAGUUACUCUUGGGCUGAUUAGGUUGGCUCAGCAGAGAAGGAGAAAGAACCAAGAGCAACCUAGGGGUGACCUAGGAAGGCCUUAAAAAGAACAGAGCUUGGAUAUUGUGAAAAAGCUGGUAAGUUCAGCUUCAAAUAUUUCCUGACAGGGUCAAAAGGACCAGAAAUGUGAAAAACAUCUCCAUCCUGAGAAGAGAAGGGGGUCUUUGUCUCCUUU